GUUGUUGCAGAGUCACUCUGAGUGGCUGGAGUGUAAACAAGAGACUGGGGAGGGAACAAUCUAGAAUGUUUGACAUAUUUUAUUGAUUUAUUUGUAAUUUCUGGGAAGCUAGUCUACUUAAAUAAUAUUUGGAUAAUUUCUGUGAACGUUAUGCCCGUGGACACCCUGUCAUCGGGGCGAUUUAAAGCGAGUUUUCUCACAGACGUCGAGGAGUUUGUGGCCGCUGACUGGCAAUCGUUAGCCUGUUAGCUUUGUGUAACAAACAGAUCCUCCCUCAUAAGAGAGGACACAGACUCCUGUAUGCCCAGGUUUUACACGGGUUUGGGGCCUGUAGCCUUUUAAGGCUGUGUAGCGAUAUGGCUGCUGUGGAGAAAGUAGGAAAGGAGUGCGAGGAGGAGACACUACAGACAGCUUUCAAGAAACUGCGUGUGGAUGCUGAAAGUUCCACAACCACAGUACGUGUCUGUGAAACACUGGCUUCCAGAUUGGUUUCUCGUGGCAGCCCGGAGGGAGCCAAAUCCAAGAUAUCCUCCUCAAAAGACAACUGGCUCGGAUGUACACGAAAAUCAUCCCGAGGUGUUGUGAGAAGCCAACGACGGCGAAGAUCAAAAUCUCCCAUCCUUCACCCUCCGAAGUUUACCUACUGCAGCAAAAUGCCUCCCCCUCCUGGUCACCUAAAACACAAGAGCCCUCCAGAGCCUGAUGACACCAGUACCUCUCUGGGCAUCUCUGUCAAGAAGGAAGUACCAUUUUCUGCUCCCUGUUCCACUUCAUUUGGUGUUGUCGGGUAUGAAACCCAUCUCCCUACUCCUAAAGGCCAGGAUUCGCCCCAGCCCAGUCCAAGAAAUCCCUCCGAUGAUGAGAGUGUUCCUGAAAACAGACCCACUCUAUGGAGCGGCCAGAGCUCUACAGAUGCAGCCGCUGUCCCAUCUGACUUUCAAUCUCUGAGCAAGCUGCAGGAAGCCAGUCAGUGCCCAUGUGGGCAAAGAGAUUGCCAGUGUCCCGGUUGGCAAGGUGUUGAGGUCUACUCAUUCAGUGGCCUUCGCAAUGUGAUCUCUGAAUGUGAACGUAAGCUGCCCAACCCGCAGGACAGUUCUCCCAACAGCAGAACUUACAUUGGGACAACUAACGCAACUUCCAGCUCCCCACGAUCUUGUUCCGAACAAGCCCGCGCUUACGUCGAUGACAUCACAAUAGAGGACCUUUCCGGCUACAUGGAAUAUUACCUUUACAUCCCCAAGAUGUCACACAUGGCUGAGAUGAUGUACACCUGAAAACAAAAUAAAUGCAGCAAAUUAAAGUAUAAUAAAAGAUGAAUAUUGGUGGGUACUUAAAAAAAAGGAAUGAUUUAUGAAAUAAGGUAGUAAUAAUGAUGUUAUUUAAAAGCAAUUCUGCAUUUAUUGUCUGUUAUUCAUCCUUAAAAUUCACAAAGCUGACAAAGAAUUAUGAGGGCAUGACUCAUCUAGUAAGGUUUCCUUUAUUUUUGUUUGAUUUCAUUAUCACUGUAAUGUUUAGUUUACAUGUAAAGUUGCCAAAGGUCUAUCACAGAGAUUGCAGGUAUGAUUUCAAUGAUAUAUGCAAACUUUCAACUGGCCAAGUAAUACUCUGUUUACCAUGACCAAGGAUGUGAUGUCAGCUAAAAUAAAUCUCAAUAAAACAGUUU